UAUUCAGAUAUUUAUAAAGAUAUAAAUAGAUUGGGCUGCCACCUCUCAACGCACGCAUUGUGACAGUCAGAAUUCACUCGGUGCUAAACGCCACACGAUUGUAGCCCGUAACAAAAAAGCUCGUGACUGACCAGAUGACUCCGUUUAGAGAGUCACGUGCCCAGUGUUCCCUAAACUCAGGGUGUGAGACAGAAACAAUCAUUUAGACAGCUGCAGGUCAGACAGCACUUAGUGUUUCUGCGGCCCUGUGCUGACAUGAACUGUUUGGUUUACUUCAUUCACGCGGCGCUGCACUGUUGCAUUGUGGGAUAUGGACAGCAGGUCUGGCCAGAGCCUUACAAGCGACUUGACAGGCGUCCAGAUGUUGAUCCCUACUGCCAGGCUUUAUACCCAUUCUGCCCGAGCGGGGAUCCAGACGGCCGGAUGCCCGUGAUGAGAGACUCGGACAUCAUCUCGGUGUUCAGACUGCAGACUCCGGUGUGGGAGUUCAAAUAUGGAGACACGCUGGGAAAGUUUCAUGUCAUGCAUGAUGCCGUUGGCUUUGGAAGCGCAAGAACGGGCAGAAACUUCACCUUGGAGUGGUACGAGCUGUUUCAGCUGGGGAACUGCACUUUUCCGCACGAGAGAGCGAGCGUGAGCGCACCUUUCUGGUGUAAUCAGGGAGCCGCGUGCUGCUAUGACGGCAUCGAUGACGUUCACUGGAAACAGAACGGCACUCUGGAGAAGAUCGGAGAGAUUUCAGGCGAGAUGUUCAAUGAGAUGGCUCGCUGGGUUCAGGAGGACAAUGAAACGGGUGUUUAUUACGAGACUUGGACAGUGAAGUCAGAUCCUGGUGCAAACUCCACCACGUGGUUUGAGUCCUACGACUGUUCUCAGUUUGUGCACCGCACGUAUAAGACGUUACUGCAUAUGGGUGCCGAACUGUCCAGCCAAGCGCCAACAUAUUACACCAAGAUCUAUCUGUACAGCGGAGAGCCGCUCUAUUUGGGAGACAAAUCCAUCUUUCAACAGUCUUCCACGAAAGAUCUCGCCACAGACAUCAAGAAGUUCUACCACUCGUUCCGCUCUCACCAGUCAGUCGUAGAAAUGAUUGAGAGCUUAUUAGAGGCUUUUGAAAAGAUGGUCCUAGAGAAGACCUUCUACUUCUACUACAACUCUGAAUAUUGGAAGCUGCCGAUGAAAUAUCCUUACAUUAAAAUAACCUAUGAGGAGAUUCCUUUACCAUAACCACCAUAUUGUUUUAGCCUAAACUAUAUUAAAAAAAAAACUCAAAUUAUUUUUGCUACUAAAUAAAAUUACAUUUUAAAUGUUCUAUUUCCAUUCCAGAUGAUGUCAGAUUUAUCAGAUAAAGUGUUAAUAAUUUAUACUAAUGCAAAAAUCCUUUUUAAUGUUGUAUUGUUGUUGCUGUAAUAUUGCUGCCUUAAUGUAAAUGAUCUGUAAAACAGCCACACAAUUUUUCUCACAAUGUUUAUUCGCCCUUAUUUCAAUAAAAGACAAUGUGCAUGUUUUUACAACAACACACAAAAAAAAAUGUGAUGCUUUCAUAUUCGCAAUACAA